AUAUUCGAUGUGAUAGAUAAUCUGAAAAAUUUUGUAAAAUUUUUGGGAACUAAACAAGGCCUAAUAGUCUUGGUCUUGGUAGCGGCAGCGAAUGUUGGAGGUUCUGUGAAUCAUCAGAAUCAGAAUAUAUAUAUUCCCUCACUCAUGCAUUUCCAGUAGGUUGCUUUUAAUUUUCCUCUAAAAUAACAAGCAGAGCAGCAACGUGGGGUGGUACGUGACGGGUUAUUUCUUCCUUGCGGCCGCGUCCAACCAAAGACAAAUCGUCGUGGGCUCGUGAGUGGCGCCCCGGAACCAAGCAAGCAACGAGCACCGACGGCCGACGGCCCCCCUUGCGGCAUUGCCGUUGCCGGUCGUCUUCGCUUCGCUCUGCCGCUAAGGGCAAGCAUUCGCCGCCACGGCAACCCUUUUACCCGAUCCGUGCUCUCUUCAUCCUCGCACGUCUCCCUCCCGGCCUCCCUCUUUACUUGCUUCUACUCAACUAAUCAUAAUUGCCACCACUACAAUCAUCACCGUGCUAAGAAAAAAAUAUAUUGUACAAUUAAUCCUUCGACGCUUAGCCGCUAACCAUCUCGAUCUGUCCUUCGUCGUGCUUGCGGCCUUGGUGUCGUCGGCGCUCUCAGUCUCGUGGCCCUUACGAGUCGGUUCACUUUUUUUAUUAGCCGUACUUUAUAAGUACAACCAACAGUAAUUUUAGUCAUGAUCAGUAAUUUCAGCUAUGACUUUUCAAACCAUGCAGAUGCAAUAACUGUACUCAACAUAUCCAUCCAUCGAUAACUAGCUACCAUUGCCAAGAUUUUGAAAUCGAUCUAUUUGUUUGAAAUAGUGUCGAUGACACGCUGGCCCAUACAAAGCCCAGCCCGGCCCAACCAUCAUCACACGCACAGUAUACCAGUAUAAAAGCAGCUGCAGCCGAGAUGCGGUAGUGGCCGAAGAUUCCAAGAAGCUGGGCCAGCCACCCCGUUCGCGCGCUAUCUCCCGGCCCAGGCCAUCCCCUCCCGGCUUCCCACCAUGCCGCACCACGGCAGCCACCGCCCGGGCGCGCCGCUCCAGGUCCAAGACGGCCCCGUGUUCCCGCGCGCCACGUCCACGGUGGUGCCGGACCCGUCCCGCUUCUUCGCGCCGGCGCUCCUGGCCGCGCCGCUGCCCACCAACUCCUUCUUCCAGAACUUCGUGCUCAAGGACGGGGACAUGCCGGAGUACAUCCACCCGUACUCCAUCCGCUCCCCCGGCGCCGGCGCGCUCGACGUCUGCUACCCGUCGCGGAUCCACUCGGCGUCAUCCAUCACCCAGGCGUUCGUCGCCGACCUCACCGUCUCCGACGCCUCCGCAGGCGCCGGGACCGGGACCGCGCAGCGCCACGUCGUGUCGGCCUUCGAUGACCUCUCCGUCACGCUCGACGUGUCCCCGUCCCUCCGCGCGCACCUCGUCCGCGGCUGCCCCUACGUCACCCUCGCCACCACCGCCGCCGGCCCGAUCGACAUCUCCGUCGCGUCCGUCCACGCCUUCGUCGAGGUCGGCGCGACCUCCUGCCACUGCCACCACGGCUCCUCCGGCACCAAGUGGCGCCUCCGGAUGGACAGCGGCCAGACCUUCCUCCUCUACGCCUCGGCUCCGAUCCACCUCACGCAGGCCACCGCAACGCAGCUCUCGGCGCCCGCCUUCGCCGGCGCCAUCCGGGUCGCCUACCUCCCGGACGCGUCCAUGGAGCCGGUCCUCGACCGCUACAGCCGCUGCUACCCGACCGCCGGGCACGCCACGCUGAACCCGAACGACCGGCCCUUCUCCGUCGACUACUCCUGGCGCAAGGAGGGGCACGGGGAGCUGCUGAUGCUCGCGCACCCGCUCCACCUCCGCCUACUCGCACUCGCCGCCGCCGCCAACGACGACGACGACGAGAACCGUGCCGUGCGGGUUCUCGACGGCUUCCGGUACCGUAGCAUCGACGGCGACAUGGUCGGCGUCGUCGGAAACUCCUGGGCGCUGCGCGCCGACCCGGUGCUCCCGACGUGGCACUCCACCCGCGGCGUCAGUGCGGACGGCGUGGCCGAGGUGGUGGCCGCGCUGCGCGCCGACGUUGGAGCGCUCGCGCCCGCCGCGGUCACCACCACCUCGUCCUACUUCUACGGGAAGGCGGUCGCGCGGGCGGCGCGACUGGCGGUGAUCGCGGAGGAGGUCGGGUGCGCCGACGUGGUCCCGGCGGUGCGGGAGUUCCUGGCGGCCACCGUCACGCCGUGGCUGGACGGCAGCUUCCAGGGGAACGGCUUCCUGUACGACGCCACGUGGGGCGGGCUUGUGACGCUGCAGGGGCUCACCGACUCCGGCGCCGACUUCGGGUUCGGCAUCUACAACGACCACCACUACCACCUCGGCUACUUCCUGUACGCCAUCGCGGUGCUGGCGAGGUUGGACCCGAGCUGGGGCCGCCAGUACGCGACGCAGGCCUACGCCAUGGUGGCCGACUUCAUGACGGUGUCGUGCGACAAGUCCGCCGCCGCCGCCGGCGGCGGCUGCUUCUUCACGCGGCUGCGGAUGUUCGACCUCUGGACGCUGCACUCGUGGGCGGGGGGGCUGGCGGCGAUCCCCGACGGGCGGAACCAGGAGAGCACCAGCGAGGCCGUGAACGCCUACUACUCGGCGGCGCUGGUGGGGCUCAGCUACGGGGACGCGCGGCUCGCCUCCCUGGGCGCGACGAUGGCGGCGCUGGAGAUGCUGGCGGCGCAGACGUGGUGGCACGUCCGGGACGGGGACGGCAUGUACGAGGAGGACUUCAGCGGGAGCAACCGCGUCGUCGGGGUGCUGUGGGCGAACAAGCGCGACAGCGUGCUGUGGUUCGCGCCGGCGGAGUGGAAGGAGUGCCGGCUCGGGAUCCAGCUGCUGCCGCUGCUGCCCGUCAGCGAGGCGCUGUUCCCGGACGUGGCGUUCGUCAGGGAGCUGGUGGAGUGGACGCUCCCGGCGCUGGCCAGGGACGGCGUCGGCGAGUGGUGGAAGGGCUUCGUGUACGCGCUGGAGGGGAUCUACGACACGGAGGCGGCGCUCGCCAAGAUCCGCGCGCUCACCGCGCAUGAUAAUGGCAACUCGCUGACCAACCUGCUGUGGUGGCUGCACAGCCGCGCGCGCCGCAGCGUCGUCGGGGACGGGGACGCCGGGUUCGGGUUCGGGUUCGGGUUCGGGUUCGGGUUCGGCGGCUGCUGCUGGUACUGCCACUGACAGUGACAGUGGUGGCCAACGCGAGUGACCGUUCGUGACAGUUUGUGGAACAGGGUGAUCUCGGCUUUCAAUGGAGAGAGUGUGGAGUUGAGAA